CAGGCCCAGAACGGCCGCGACCUCGCCGGUCCUCAGGACCCGGAAAACGGUCACCCCGGUGGAAACAUGUGUGUUUCUAAAAAAAUGCCACGAGCAAAUGAAGCAAGUGAGCGGUUAGGCCCAACCAAAGAGGCCUUUAUUCCCCCAAACCACAAACAGCAGCUGUUUUGUGAGCAUUGCCAGGACCACUUUGUGAAGAACUGCCCAGUGCAUGGCCUUCCACCUUUUAUAAAAGAUACUCCGGUGAAGCUUGGAUUGCCAUGCCGAGCUUUCUACACGCUCCCUGCUGGUCUGGCAGCAGGACCCUCCCAUGCUCAAAAAGACCGGCUGGGCAUAUGGUGUGUUUCUACGGUACUUCUCAGAGGAACAUUCUUUGGACCUCUGGAAGGAAAACUGGAAUGUGACGAUGUAGUUGGAAGCGCAUCCAUCAUUUCAAAGAAGGUUGGUGCAGACAGUGGUGUAAAAACAGGAGAAGCUCAGGUCAGCCCGUCCGUCUCAAACUGGAUGAGAUAUGCAAACAAAGCAGGAACAAAAAAAGACAGCAAUGCAGCCAUUUUCCGGUAUUCUGGGAAGAUCUACUUUCGGGUUUGUAAAAACAUUAAGAUGGGCCAAGAGCUUCUAUUAUGGCCUGAGAAAAAUCGUGUUCGAACAGCAAAAAAAGUAAAUCGCGCACAGGAGGAGAAUGAGAUUACCAGUGUUUGCUCAGAUGAAUUGGAUAAAGAACCUGAGGAGACGAUACCAAGAGAUGCUGCUGAAAAGUUAGCCGAGGCACUUCGAUCUGUGCAGCCGUGCCCCAAGCCAGCUGUAUCCAAGAAGGCGCCAGAACUCAAGGUCAUGGUGAAAAUAGAUCAGCCUGUUAAAAGGUCACAGCGACUUCAAAACAAACGUGAAAUUCAGAACAAUGUGUCAGUGAAGAAAGUGAACUGGCUUGCCUUCGCAUGCAAACCCAAGUUAGGCAGGACAAGAAAAACUGAACAAGUGAUGCUCCCUGUUCUUUCCUCGGAACAGGAUGACAGCGAGAAACAGAAUGAGCCAGAGAUAGGCAAACUGACGCAAAAGGCUGGUGACAUUGAGGCAAAAAGCAAUCGAUUUCGACUUGGUGAGCGGUUUUUGCGAUCAUCUAUAGGCAGCAAGGCUCAAUGGAUACACUCCAGACUCAAUUCAAACACACUGAAAGUGCAAAUAAUGCAAAAGGAUAUACUGAAAAAGAACAGGAGGAAAAUAAAGUUGAGAGACAAUCAGAAGGGGAACAAUGAAGAUAAAGAAGAAUGCAGUGAACAAAACACAGAGACCAAGUCAGCUGAGGUUUGUGAGGAAGUAAAAUCAGGUGGAGAUUUUCCCACGUGUCACAAGAUAGGGGUGGAACAUAAACCUCCAGUAGAAAACGGAGAGCCUGCCCGAACGAAAGAUAAUCGCACACGUAAAACCAUAUUGAGCGUAAGUAAGAGGCUUUGCCGGCGUAACAGUUCCCAGAUUGACCCUAGUGAGAGGAGGUACAAGUGUGAGGACUGUGGGAAAGGAUUCAUCCAGUUGUGCCACCUGAAGAAGCAUCGGUUCACCCACACAGGAUACAAACCAUAUAUGUGCAACGAGUGCGGGAAGCGCUAUAGCUCCGAGGAGAGUUUUAGAGCUCACCAGAUGCUACACAGAGGUGAACGUCCAUUUAAAUGUCAGAAGUGUGACAAGGCCUACGCGUUGAAGCGGGAUCUUCGAGAGCAUGAGCGUGUUCAUUCAGGGCUACGCCCAUUCGUGUGCAAUGAGUGCGGAAAGGCAUUUGCCAGGCCACCAUCACUCCGGAUUCACAAGAAGAUCCAUCGCAUGAAGGCCAUGAACAUUGGCAACCCACGGGCCUGUCGUUGCAGUGUGUGUAACAAAGAGCUUGCCAACCCCGGCUCGCUCAAGAACCACAUGAGGCUGCACACAGGUGAAAAGCCAUUCACUUGCACGUACUGUGGCAAAGCCUUCAGGCAGAUUGGCAACCUCAGAGGGCAUCAACGAAUCCACACUGGGGAGAAACCAUACAAAUGUGAGGACUGUGGUGAGUUCUUCUCACAGUUGCCUGAACUGCGCAGACACCGCAUUGCUCACACAGGACAGGUUUAUCUCUGUCCAAUAUGUGGUAAAACAUUGAGAGACCCACACACUUUCAGAGCUCACGAACGCCUGCAUACAGGAGAGCGGCCCUUUAAAUGCGAUCAGUGUGGCAAGACCUACACCCUUGCUACAAAGCUCCGCAGGCACCAGAGAAUCCAUUUGACUGAAAAGCCGUUUAAAUGUGACAUCUGUGGCAAAGGAUACACCAUGACCCAGAGCCUAAAGAGACACAGGAUGUCCCACGAGGAAAGCGAAACACAGAGUUCAGACGAGGUCGAAGAAGCCAUCGCCUCUUUGGAAAAAGAAAGCUCCGAAAGCAAAUCUCUUGCGGUUACACGAAAGCGAGUUAGGAAAGUGGGUUUAAAGACUGCUGGUCAAGAGACCAUUAGCUCCCCGAGCGAUGAGAGUGUUGUGUUAAAUCUUUAUGUGCAUUCGAUUGAAGUGGUAGGCGGGGAUCACAAUGACAAUGUGAUGGUAGAUACUGAUAGGCAGGGUGCCAGUGAAGAGAGCAUUACAUUCCAGCAGGGGGAGUGCAAUGUAGCCAUGGAGACAGAAGGAAUGGUCAAUGACAAUUCACAAGAUGUAGUCACUCAGGCCUUAGCGGGAAAUCAACAACGUGGGAAUGAAGAGAUAAUAGAAAUCAUUAUUUCAGACACCGAAAAUCCCACAGAUGGAGUUACUACCCAGGCUAUGGUAGAGCUGGAAAAAAUUGCCAAUAAUAAUGAUGUUGUUAUUGAGGAGGACAUUGGGUUUAAUGCCGUGGCUGAGAUAGUAGAGAUAUCAACUGGUAAUUGAACUUGCAAUAACAAUGUCUUUAUUAGUGUGCCCAACUUUGUAUUAAAAGUGUUUCUUGCAUUUGAAAA